AUGACUUGCCUCUGCUAUAGAAGGCCCCACGCCAGUUUCAGCCCUAUUACACUCAAGUACUAUAGUUGUUGCCGGCAUCUUCUUAUUGAUCCAAGUAUUUCCCUCUAUCUCAAAUAA